CUCUCCGGAGGAGCAGCGUUCCCGUGGGUCGGCGAGACUACAACUCCCAUGGAGCGCCGCGGCAGUGUUGUGCCUCCGCGUCGGGGCCAGGAGGGAGAUGGUGACAGCGGGAGGAUGGAGUCGGUUUUAUCUAGGUAUGAAAAUCAGAUCACUAUUUUGUCAGACUACUUAGAAGAAUUUCCAGAAACUGAUGAGCCAGUGUGGAUUCUAGGAAGGCAACACCACCUAAACACAGGCAAAUCUAAAUUGUUGUUGGACAUAAGCGGUCGUCUCUGGUUUACGUAUAGAAGAAAGUUUUCGCCAAUCGGAGGGACGGGUCCUUCGUCAGAUGCUGGCUGGGGAUGUAUGCUGCGCUGUGGGCAGAUGAUGCUGGCACAAGCCCUGAUCUGCAGACACUUAGGAAGAGAUUGGCAAUGGGAAAAACACAAAAAACAACCAGAAGAAUACCACAGAAUCUUACGGUGCUUUCUAGAUAGAAAAGAUUGCUGUUAUUCCAUCCACCAAAUGGCACAGAUGGGUGUUGGCGAAGGAAAAUCAAUUGGAGAAUGGUUUGGACCAAAUACAGUUGCUCAAGUACUCAAGUAAGUCAAAUCACUCUGUCUCAUUCAGAAUGUACUCCCCUGGGGCAGCUAAGUUCAGAGACCGAGGUGUGGCCCAAGAUGCAGCAGGGAUUUACAGGCUGUUAUCCUUCUCUCUCGGAACUGGGAAUAUAUAGGCCAUGUGUUGGGCAGGUACUGAGUUGGGGUUGGGUGAGUUCUAAAUUUUAAUGUACCACGAGCCUGAGGAAGAGCUGCAGGAAGGUCUCUCCUGCUAUGCCAUCCAAGCAGUAAGAGCUGGAGAUGGGUAUUCCUUUCCAUAGAGAGGCACGGCUUUGACAGGUCAGGAGUGCCACCGUCCAGAUCAGUGUGCUGAUAGUAUUCAGGAGUGAAGCCAUCCAGGCCAAGGAGGGAACUGAACUGCAGUUUCUCACUGUCUGAGCUGCAGUUCUGCCUGAAGGCAGCUGUAGAAAACACGGGCAGCUUCUCCUGAUCGAGGAGCCACACUCAAACUUUUGAGUUGACUCUGCUCCAUUUUGGAGGGAUAGGUGAAGGUGCCAAGUCUUAAGUGGAGGCUAGACGGUGCUCAACUGCAGUUCUUUGCAGCCCUGGGACAGCUGUGCCCUGGGUUCCAGCUCUUUACACUUACAAAUUCUUCCUGGCUUGUUUCAGACAGCUGACUUUGCUCGCACAGCUUAAGCUCCCUUCCCCAGAGUUUUGGAUUUCAGACAAGGGAACUGAAACCUGUGUGCUGCAAUGACUCCCUCCUAAUUUCUGAGUGCCGAAAACCUUUAAGUUGAUCUAGCUUUUAACAGCCCGAGUCUGCUGUCCACAAGCGCACAGAUAUAGUUCCACUGAAUUCAGUGGAGCUCCUUAAGCAAAAAGUAAUGUGCAAAACUGGUACAGGAUUUUUUUACUUCUCUAGACAAUGCCAGGCAUAAUUGGCAGGAUCCCAUUGCAGCAGCUCUUAAAUGCGGUAAAGUAAUAAACCCAGUUAUGUG